UCCAAUAAAGAGAAUCCGUAGCCACUCGGCCACGCAAACGGACGCGCCCGUACCGCCGAAGCCAGCAUGACGUUCGAACUGAAAGAGUACCCGCCCAGGACCUUCUCUGAGAAGUACCAGAAGUACCUGGCUCCUCAUGGCAUACUCCAGCCGCCGCAGCUCGUCCUCAAGAACAAAAAGCUUGGGAACAACGCCGAGGACACGCUCAAGAAAGCCUUCAAGAUCACCGUCAAAAAGCUGGCAAAGAUGAGGUCAACGUGUGCCAACUGCAACAGCGAAGUGAAGGGAUCCCUGGUGUGCCCGGGUUGCAAGGCGGCAAAAUACUGCAGCGAGAAAUGCCGAUACGAGAGAAAGCUGUCACAUGCCAUGGUGUGUGAGGCGCUCAGAUUAGAACUCAUAGACCAGAUUGUGGAAUGCUUGCCCACGCCCGUGCUUCUGGGGCGGGACAUCCUGCGUGGGCGUGGUGGGCUGGUGAAGGACUGGAAGGAUUGGUUCACGCGACACACCUGCCUCGAGGAUAACAUUAAGGCUGGCACGGACGUCGUCAGCCAGUGGUGGGCGUACACGGGCGUCCCUCACCCCGGAGAGGAGAGCAUCCACGCUUCCCUCGAGCGAUGGGUCAGCAACGUGUUCAGCACCGUGCUCACCAUAGGUCACUGCCCCACCUGGCUCCCCGGCCUCCAGUCAAGUCUCCAAGGGCAAGGCGCCGUCCACAUCCAUCUCCUCGGGGCUGACUUGCCGGAGGUUAAUGCCGUGGAGUCCGGUCUCAUUCAGGUAUCGAGUCGCGUGCUCGGCCAGCCACUCGUUGUCACCCUGGUCGCGCCCGACCUGGCCCACCACCCGCAGACGUUUUCCUGGACCCCUCGAAGCCCCAACCAGGUCACCCCAGGCGUGCGUGCUGUGGCGUACCCUGGUCUGUACCACGAUUUCUGGAGAGACCACAUCGCCACUUCGGAUGCCCAAGACCGGGUUCCUCGUCCCCACGUCGCCCUCGCCAUCCACCCUGGCGUCCACACAGAUGAAAUGCUGGAGCUCUGGAAACCGACGCUCCAGCUACUAGCAUACGAACGCGUGCCCGUCGUUAUGACCACGUACAAUAAGGCCGAAUUCCAAGAAACUUUAGAGAGCAAUCUCAAUGGCGUGGCUGGACAUUCAUCUUUUCACAAGGCUCGGGUUAAAAGAGGUAAUGUUCUUGCCCGGAAUACAAGAAAGAGAUUAGGUUGCAUUAACAUGAAACAAGAUGGCCGGCUGUCUACGUCGCGCGAGGAGGUCAGGAGAGGUCAGCGGAGGUCAGGCGGCUUCGUGGACGGGGUCAAGGAAGGAUCGAGGAGACUGGAGGGUCUUCAAGAGCGGUCGUCGUUGCGUGUGUAA